CAUUCCUGGGUUGGCGAUCAGGCUCUGCGAGCCGCUGCCAUGAUUUGCUGAGCAAUUCGAUCCUAGCUUGAAGGAUGUGUUGAGAAACACAGUGGUAGUGAGAGAGAGAGACGGGAGGAGAAGUGAAGACGGCACAGAGAGCGAGAGUUUCAUUGCGGGACGCAUUUCGUCGUAACUUCAGAUAGUUAAAACUACACUACUCUGCUUGAGUUCAGACGUGGGCAGUCGCACCUUAGCUCGGGAAACACUCCUCCACCGCAGAAAAGUUAUUUGCCGUUUCUUUUUCCUGUUCCCAAGUCGUUCUGCACUUUGAGCCCGUGUCUAAUGGAGGGCCCUGUACGGAUUUGCCAUCAGAAGAAUGAGCUUUUCUGCUAGUUCGCCAGGCUGGUUGCAGGUUUUACCCUCCUGCAAGAGAGGUGUGCUGACCAGACGCCAGGUGUGUGUGUGUGCUGGGCAGCGGGCGGUCAGCAGGGCUGAGUGGUCACUAUGGCUGGUGGUCUGAGGCUUCUGUCCACUGUGCUUUGUCUCAGCCAAACAUUCCUACUCACCUGCUGUGUUGCGUCUCCGUCUCUGUCGUUCGGUGAUGAGCCCAUGUCAGUACUACUGAGUCAGGGUGGUACAGUCCAGCUGCGUUGCUCCGUACGACCCGACUCUGCCAGCCUCUCCCUGUCCUGGCGCUUUGGGGGCCAGCUCUUGGACCCUGUCACCCUCCCCGGGGUAGAGUUGAGCAAGAACAGGGGCUCCCUGGUCCUGUCCUCCCUUCAGCGCAUCCACCAGGGACUAUACCAGUGUGUGGCUCAGUCAGACGCAGGGGCCAUCGUCAGCCGCCACGCACGCGUAGCUAUCGCAGAUAUAGGAGAGUAUGGUGAGAUGCGUCGUCGUUCGUUGGUGGUCCAGGAGGGUAGCAGUGUUGUGAUUGAGUGUCCUCUGCCCCCUAGCAACCCCCCUGCUCUGCCUCGGUUACGGGUCCGAGGGGAGUGGCUAGAGAAAUCCAUAGAUGACUAUAUAGUCCUCCCGUCUGGGAACCUUCAGAUCCUCUCUGUUUCCCCCCAGCAUGGGGGCAUGUAUAAGUGUGGUGCAUACAACCCUGUAACCAUGGAGACCAGAGUAGAGGCUCAAGGUACCAAGCUGACUGUCAAACCCUCUGACGACCCCUCCCCAGUGAGGAUAGUAUACCCCAUCACCCCUACUACUCUAUCAGUGGAACAUUCCAGCUUGCUGGUGUUGGAGUGUGUGGUGUCGGGCAGUCCGUCGCCCGCUGCUCAGUGGCUGAAGAAUGGGCAGGAGGUGGCAGUACCUGCCGUGCCAGCAGGGAACAACCUGGUCCUACAGAGCCUGAAGAGGAGUGAUGGAGGGAACUACCUGUGUUUUGUUACCACGGAGACAGGGAGGAACAUACGCAGCGUCAACUAUACUGUGAAUGUGCUCGAGGAGGCAUCUAUUCUGAGAAAUCUGUCUGACCAGUAUGUCUUACCUGGAGACGCCGCCCGCUUCACCUGCAUUGCCAAGGGAAACCCCACCCCCAAUGUCACCUGGCUCUUCAACUCUGCCCCCAUCGCCCCUUCGCCCCGCCUCCAAAUCUCAGGCUCCUCCCUCUACAUCAAAGGGGUGACAUCACAGGACGAGGGCGUGUACCAGUGCCUGGUGGACAACGCGAUUGGCUCAGCCCAGUCAGCUGGCAGGCUCACCCUCCAAUCAGGUUUCAGUUCCCUCCCCACCAUCCUGUCCCCUCCUGUGAGUGGUUCGUACCAGGAAGGCGAGACCGUGUCUUUUUCCUGUAACGCCACAGGACACCCCCGCCCCGCCAUCCGCUGGUACGACGCCCACGGCCCUGUCUCCACCCACCCGGCCCUCCACCUCCUCCCGCCGCAGGCCGCAGCCAGGGGCCCCGGUGAAGGGCCUCCCCACCUCACCAUGUCCCGUCCUGGGUCCAGCUCACUCUACAUCCAGGCUGUGACCCAGGCCCAGGCCGGGAGGUAUAUCUGUGAGGCGUCAAAUGAGAUGGGCUCUGUCACGGCUGAGGCUGUCCUCACUGUUGAACCUCAGCCUGGUUCCACAACCGAUAUUCUGAUCAAGGCUCCACCCCCCUCCGUCCACCCAAUCCAGAGCGACGAGGGAGAUGAGCUCCUCCCACCCGAGGAGGAAGGGGAAGGGCUAGGGGAGGGACUAGGAGAAGGGGAGGGGCUAUGGGACACCAUGGGCCAACCAACAGAGAGGAGCAGCGACCGGCCCACUCCUGAAGCACCAAUCAUUACUAGCCCUCCUCAGACACACAAACCUGACAUCUAUGACCUUGAGUGGAGGGCGGGCCGUGACUGGGGACAUCCAAUCAACGCAUACUUCGUCAAGUACCGCAAGGUUGAUGAUGUGACGUGGGUGGUGGGUAGUUGGCAUACGGUGCGUGUGCCCGGCAGUGAGAAGACCCUGCGUCUGUCUGAGCUGGAGUCGUCCAGUCUGUACGAGGUUCUGAUGGUGGCUCGCAGCGUUGCAGGAGAGGGACAACCAGCCAUGCUCACCUUCCGAACCGGCAAAGAGAAGAGCCCAGCUGUCGGUAAGAACCCGUCCAAGCCUCCGGUGGUGUCUGUCCCUGCUAAAGCCCCAGAAGACAAGACUUCUAACACACAUUUUGGAGUGGUCAUCCACGAAAGAGUUCCCGAGGCCCCUGAUAGGCCCACCAUCUCGAUGGCGACGGAGAGUUCUGUUUACGUUACAUGGAUCCCGCGGGCUAAUGGGGGCUCUCCAAUCACAGCGUUCCGCGUGGAGUAUCGUCGCCAGGGCCGCAGCGCUGAGUGGGUCGUUGCUGCCGACAACAUCUCUCCUCUCAAACUGUCUGUGGAAGUACGCAGUCUGGAACCUGGCUCCACCUAUAAGUUCCGUGUGCUGGCGAUGAACCAGAAUGGGGACAGUCCCCACAGCGCCACCUCCAGGCCAUACCAGGUAUCGGCAGCCAGCCCGCGCUUCUCUGACCGUCCGGUGGCCGGACCGCACAUCUCUUCUACAGACGCCGUCAGCGACACUCAGAUCAUGCUACGCUGGACCUACACCCCUUCUAGUAACAACAACACACCCAUCCAAGGGUUUUAUGUCUACUACAGACCUACUGACAGUGACAAUGACAGUGAUUACAAACGGGACGUGGUUGAAGGUCUGAAACAGUGGCACCUGAUAGGUCAGCUCCAGCCAGAGACGUCCUAUGACAUCAAGAUGCAGUGUUUCAACGAUGGGGGAGAGAGUGAAUACAGCAACGUCAUGAUCUGUGAGACCAAAGCGCGGCAGCCCCCAGGGGUCCCCAGCCAGCACCCAAUCACCCCGCCGGGACCCUACCCCCCAGACACCCCCACCCCUCCAGGGGGCCUGCUGUACCUGAUCGUGGGCUGUGUUCUAGGAGUCAUGGUCCUCAUCCUCCUCGUCUUCAUCGCCAUGUGUCUCUGGAGGAACCGUCAGCAGAAUACCAUGCACAAGUACGACCCCCCAGGCUACCUCUACCAGCCUGCAGAGAUGAACGGCCAUGUUCUAGAGUACAGCACCCUGCCUGGCAGCAGCCGGAUCAACGGUGGCGUCCACGGGGGCUACGGGCACAGUGGUCUACCUCAGGGCUGCCACCACCUGCACCACAAGCUGCCUAACGGUCUGGCGCUGCGUAAUGUGUCUGCUGGGCCUGGGUACCACCCACACAGCACCAUGGAUCACUCUGUCUCUCACCCUCACCACCACCACAAUGGUGGAGGGAUCUACACAGCCCUGCCCCAGACUGACCCGUCUGACUGUCUGAGUUGCCAGAACUUCUGCAACAACAACAGAUGUUACACAAAGACCAACGGUACAUUCUCCAGUGGCGGCGGUGGCACUCUGCCCCUAAUGCAGCGCAUGGCAUCGUGCCAGCAGCAGGACGGAGGGCUGGGGGGUCUGGGGCUGGAGAUGGUUCCUCUGGGCCAGGUCUCUCCUCACUGCCUGGGCCUCCUCCUCCCCGGGGAGAGAGACACAGAGUCUGGGGAGCACGAGGACCAGGACCCAGAGGAGGAGGAGGACGAGGACUCAUCUCCGUCCCAGACCUCUUGCUGUCCUCUGAGGGACCACCAUCAACAACACUGCCCUGGAGACAACUACACAGCUGAUGAUGAGCCUGUGGUGUGUGUGGACUCUGAGGCCGUGGUAGUGUGUUGGGAGAGCCUGGCUCUGUCUGAUCUAGACCUAAAGGAGAAACCAGUUUGGAUCUCUACAGGCAGCCUGACUCUGGCCCUGCAGGGAGACCUGAUCCAGCCUAUCCCCCAGGAGGUCUGAACACAGCCCACACACAGCCCUCCCGCCUGGGGUACAGAGGAGACGAGGGAGAGGAGGACAACCAGAGAGAACCAGAGAGGAGGAGGAACAGACAAACGUUUGGAUAAAAGGGGACCCAGUAUGUUCCUAGUCGGAGACUGUGUGUGACAUGGUGACAAUGUCACUAACCUGACUGGAAUACAGCUGGGGCAGAGGAAUGGAUGGCAUGGGAAAGAGAGAGGACAACCAAAAUGGAGGAUGAAUGGAGAGACUGAGGAGGAGGAGGAGGAGGAGGAGGAGGAGGUGGAGGAGGUGGAGGAGGAGAAGGAGACUCAGAACUGAAACUCCAGCCCACCCGACGGAGAGAGGGAGGGAGGACUCCUAAAACAAAAAAAAACAAAAAAACUCUUUAGAUUACUUAUUUAUUUUUUGUAGUAGUAAAAUAUUAUUUCAUGUGAAUGUAUCUAUUUUAAAGGCUCAGUGCAGUCAAAAACGUGAUUUUCCUGUGUUUUAUAUAUAUUUCCACACUGAGAUUGGAACAAUAUUGUGAAAUU